CCGAAAUUGAAUCAUAAUAUCCCCGUUAAAAAAGGAAAAAGAAAAGAACACUCACCCCCCCGGCCUAAGCCACUUCAAGCUGAGCCCAUUUCCCAGCACGCAGCCCUCCUCUUCAGUACUUCCUUUUUUUUGGGUUUUUCGUCUCUCACAUCGAGUACCGGACUGAGAGUCCCCAGUCCCCCACUUUGUCGAUCAAUCUUCACCCUUGUCUUCCUCCCAAAGGUCCACAAAGGCUGUUACAAUUUUCAGUGGGUUAAGCCCAAUAGCAUUACUAGGUGUGAGAAAGAAGCUCUGAAUUGUAGCAGAAAGUUGUGGAACCGAUGGCGUUGAGGCAGGUUUUAGGGUUCUCGGAUGGCGAGUUGAUGAGGUCGGAUUGCAAACCUUGUUCCAGAUUGAUGAGACAGACUGCCGGUAUUUUCACUGUUGGCGGAUCAUUGGGAUUCUGGAUCCUUUGCAGAUUGCAUUACGGUCCGAGAAUUACAGUUCCGAGGAGUCUUCGGUGGGCAGCUUGUGGAGCGGUAUCUGUGAGCUCAUCCACUGCUUUGCUGGUUCGGUUGUUUAGUCCAGAGUGCGAGCCCCAAAACAUAGCUACUUAUGACAAGGGAAAGUAGCACUAGAUUCGUGAAGGUUGUAUCGUCGUUCUAAGUAAGUUAUGUCGGUUUUGUUAAUCGUUACAGAGGAGUGAUUUUAUGAUGGAUAUUUCGAUUGAUGUAAGAUAUGCCUUGAAAUGGACGUAACAUUUCGAGUAUCGAAGUAACAGGACUAAAAAUCCUGCUUUUGUUGCAUAA